AUGACCAGUGUGGGCUGGGCAGUGGUCGUUGGGGAUGUUUUUGGUUUAACGAAGCUGGAGAACGUGAAGUCUGUUAGACUGCACUGGGAGUAUGUUGGGCAAAAACCUGCUCAGCAAGUUCCUGGGGAGCAAAGAGCUCCAGGGAAAGUUUUGCAUGAUGCUGUUUGCAACCACCUGAAUCUUGUUGAAGGCGACUACUUUGGCCUUGAAUUUCCAGAUCAUAAAAAGAUGAUGGUGUGGCUUGAUCUUUUGAAGCCUGUUAUGAAACAGAUUAGAAGACCGAAGCAUGUUGUUGUAAAAUUUGUGGUAAAAUUCUUCCCACCUGACCACGCUCAGUUGCAGGAGGAACUGACAAGGUACCUAUUUGCAUUGCAAGUGAAGCAGGACCUGGCACAGGGAAGGCUAACGUGUAAUGAUACCAGCACUGCCCUCUUAAUCUCACACAUAGUACAGUCUGAGAUUGGGGAUUUUGAUGAAACCAUAGAUCGUGAACACUUAGCGAAGAACAAGUAUAUACCUCAGCAAGAAGCACUAGAAGACAAAAUCAUGGAAUUUCACCGUAGCCACAUGGGACAGACACCAGCAGAGUCUGACUUCCAGCUUUUGGAGAUUGCCCGUCGGCUCGAGAUGUAUGGAAUACGCUUGCAUCCAGCCAAGGACAGGGAAGGGACAAAAAUCAACCUGGCUGUUGCCAACACAGGCAUUCUGGUUUUUCAGGGUCACACCAAGAUCAAUGCCUUCAACUGGGCUAAGGUUCGAAAGCUGAGCUUCAAGAGGAAACGUUUUCUUAUCAAACUACGACCUGAUGUGAAUGUAAGUCUUUGUCAGGGGUUGAUGAAGUUGACAAAAGGUUAUUUG